CGGAGAGGCCGAGUAAGCCCCACCAAAAUGGGCUUUGCUGCGCAUGCCCAACAGGAGCCAGCCUAGGCGUGCCUGGAGGCCGGCUCUCCAACGCGGUGGCGCGCGCUCCCGACGACCCACGAGACGGAGCGCGCGAGCACGGGGCUCGCUCCCAAGAGGGCAGGUAAAACCAGCCCGGAGAAGUGAUGAGAUUUGCCCCAGGUCUCCCAUCCAGCAAGCCAGCUGUAAGGACCUGAACGUUGGCAGCUGACAAUGGUGGUUGUUGCUCUCAUGUAUGAAGAAGCUGGGAAGCCCUCAGUGAUGGAGGAUUCUCCAGAUACCUCUACGGCCCUGUCCCCAUCCUGCUGAGGCAGCACCAGGACCAGCUCAGGCACAAGGACAGAGCCCUAGAUUGCCAAGUUCCUUGCCAGCAAGGAGGAGACCUUAUCCGCUGGUGCCUGAACGUGGCCUGGGAGACAGGCCGUUGGUCCCAGAAUGCCCCUGCCUGAGCCCAGCGAGCAGGAGGGUGAGAGCGUGAAGGCCGGCCAGGAGCCGUCCCCUGAGUCCCCUGAGACAGGCACAGAUGUGGUCCCCACAGCCCCCACGAAGCCCAAGGAAUUCUCUAAUCUGGUCCUGCUAACGACCUCUACUGAGAAUGGGAAUGGGGUGGGCGCUCAGCCCAAAGGAGUGCACUGUGUCAUGUCCCUGGAGAUGUCUGGCCCUGACACCCUGGCCAGGACCCUCCAGAUCCUGCCAGCAGAGGAGCAGGGAGGGGCAGUCCAGCCAAGCCCCCAGGCCCCUGAGCAGAAACGCAACAAGCCAGACACAGCAGCCCCCACACCCCUGGAGUUCCUGAGGACCCCAUUUGGGGGCCGCCUCCUGGUGCUUGAGUCCUUCCUGUACAAACAGGAGAAGGCCGUGGGGGACAAGGUGUACUGGAAGUGCCGAGAGCACACCGAGCUGGGCUGCCGGGGCCGGGCCAUCACCCGAGGCCCGCGAGCCACAGUGAUGCGGGACCACUGCCACCCACCUGAUGAGAAGGGCCUAGAGGCCCGUCGCCAAAGACAGAAGCUGCCGAGCCCAGCCCUGCCGGAAGGCUUGGGGGGUCCUGAUGGCCCUGGAGACAGAGUGGAGGAGCCACUCGGGGUGGGCCCAUGGCUGUGCCCAGAGGAGCCAGAGCCCGCCCCUGGGCUGGUGCUGAGCAAGCCAGCCCCAGAGGAGGAUGAGGGGCUGCGAGCCCUGUCACUGCUAAGAUUGCCUCCCAAGAAACGCCCAACACUGGGGAUUGGAGAAUGCCCGUCCCUGGAGUUCCUGAGGACCUGUUAUGGGGGCAGCUUCCUGGUACAUGAGUCAUUCCUAUACAAGCGGGAGAAGGCCGUGGGGGACAAAGUAUACUGGACGUGCCGGGAUCAUGCAUUGCAUGGCUGCCGCAGCCGGGCUAUCACCCAGGGCACACGGGUGACUGUGAUGCGUGGCCAUUGCCACUCACCUGAUGUGGAGGGCCUGCAGGCCCGGCGGCAGCAGGAAAAGGCCAUGGAGACACUGAAGGCCAGGCCAGGCGGCCCUGGGGGCCAAGUGGACAAGCUGCUCCGAGGUGUGGACAGUCUGCUCUACCACAGGGGGCCCGGCACCCUGACUCUUACCAGGGCCAGGCCCAGAAAGCAUGCAAAGCCCCAGGCCCUACAGGGAUCCCCUGCUGAGGACCAGGACAAGGAGCUGGGAGGACCUGAGUUCCUGAGGACCCCCCUGGGGGGCAGCUUCCUGGUGCACGAGUCCUUCCUCUACAGGCGGGAGAAGGCUGCUGGCGAGAAGGUGUACUGGACGUGCCGGGACCAGGCCCGCAUGGGCUGCCGCAGCCGAGCCAUCACCCAGGGCCAGCGGGUGACCGUGAUGCGUGGCCACUGCCACCCACCCGACCUUGGGGGCCUGGAGGCCCUGAGGCAGCGGGAGAGACGCCCUGGUACAGCCCAGUGGGGAAGUUCAGGAGGCCCUGAGUUCCUGAAGACCCCCCUAGGGGGCAGCUUCCUGGUACACGAGUCUUUCCUCUACAGGCGGGAGAAGGCUGCUGGUGAGAAGGUGUACUGGACGUGCAGGGACCAGGCCCGCAUGGGCUGCCGCAGCCGGGCCAUCACUCAGGGACAGCGGGUGAUGGUGAUGCGUAGGCAUUGCCACCCACCUGACCUUGGGGGCCUGGAAGCCCUGAGGCAGCGCGAGCAGUUCCCCAGCCCAGCCCAGAGGGAAGGCUCAGGAACCCUCCAGCCUCUGGAGUUUCUUAGGACUUCCCUUGGGGGGAAGUUCCUGGUAUACGAGUCCUUCCUCUACCGAAAGGAGAAAGCCGCAGGCGAGAAGGUGUACUGGAUGUGCCGUGACCAGUCCCGGCUGGGCUGCCGCAGCCGGGCCAUCACCCAAGGCCAGCAGGUGACCGUGAUGCGCAGCCACUGCCACCUGCCCGACCUGGCAGGCCUGGAGGCCCUGAGGCAGCGGGAGCGGCUCCCCAGCACAGCCCGGCAGGAAGACCCAGAAAAUAUAGAACAUCUGCCUAAAGUUCAACUGUGCUUUACAACUUGUUCUCCUGAAAGCCAGCAAAUUAAUGGGAAGGUCAAAGACAUAAAACCCAACAGCGAGUCCCAGUGAGGCCAAUCUCCUCUCCAACUCCAGCAAAGGAACCUUGUGUGUUACUAGCAGCAAGGAUGCUCUGUGUCCAUAUGAGAUCCCAGUGCUUCCCACCUGGUUAGCUGCUGCUGGACAAAAUCUCUCUUUCACUCUUUCAAAAGCAUCGACGACCUUUGCACUUCCUCAAGAGGCCUCCCAGGAGGAAUACCCUGAUGAUGUCUUUGUGCGGGCAAAGCGAAAAAGAGCACUGGGAGCUGGCGGCUUGCAGGUGUGCGUGAUGUGGAGAAGGCCUGACUUCUGAAAGAACUGAAGAAGCAUCUUUUCUCAAAGUCACUCUUCCCUGCUCUGCCACCCUGAGCCACAAACACCUUUCCAUUUUCAGAGCACACGACUUUGCCAAAGGACUUUCCAGUUGGGUAUGGCCCUGCUUUGGCCAAAGCACGCUUGGGAAGUUCCUGUUUCUUGUAGCUGAGCUGAGCUGCUCUACGUAGCUCCAGUAGCCCACGUGUUUUCUGGACAGAUGCUAGGUGGGCCUUUGUGCCCCUUGGCCACCUGCUGCUGGGGCAUGGCCAUCCCUUACAGAAACAGAGCAGGUCAAACCAGAGGCCCCACUACACUCUUCGACUUUCUGUCCCUCACUGUUUUCCAACUUAAAUUAAACCCAGUGUCCAUGAUCCUCACAGCAGGUGUCGGUUCUGGCAAUGAGAGCCAGUCCAGAUGUCUGCAGGAAGCCACACUGAGCAGAUUCUACCUAGCUGAGGCCAGCCGUGUCCUGGAUCACAAGGAGAGGCAGACCCAGAAGGCAGUGGAGGCACAUCCCUUUCUCUAGUCUGGUAGUACGGCAGAGAGCUUGCCUAACAGGUCCAAGAAAAGCAGGCUAAUGUCCCCAGGAACUCCAGAGGCUGCUGCUUGCUAACAAAGCCUCGUCCUCAACAGCAAGGCUCCUUGCCCCCACCCUAUAAUUGCAGAGGAAGCGCACAUGACAGGCUCCCUCCUGCCAAGCUGGCCACAGAGUCUGCCAUCUACCUAUGGGACAGUGACACCUCAGGUGUGCCCUACUGUCCCUCAGCUUAUCCAUUUCCUCCAAUAAAACUUUUAUAUCUCACCACGUA